CUUAGGCUCGGCGCUUGACUGUGAUUGGCUGCUGCGCUCGGAGAGUUUUCAAACCGAGGCAGCAGCUGACGGAGCUGUCAAAACAGACGACGGGCGGAGACAGCGUGACCGUCUGAAGCCAUGAGGACGAGCGAGUUUGACUCCUCAUCUGAAGAGGAGGAGGUCGGAGAGGAGCAGCUGACGCCGUUCCACAUCUCCUGGUUACCUCUGUCCAUAGUGGAGUGCUCGCAGUUUCUUGGGAUAUGUGCACUACCAGGGUGCAAAUACAAAGAUAUCCGCAGAAGUCUGGAAAGAGAUGUUGAGGAGCUCCAGAACCAGGGCGUGCAGGAGGUGUUUGUUUUCUGCACCAGAGGAGAACUGAACAAGUACAGAGUUCCCUCCUUGCUGGACGUCUACCAGCAGCGAGGCUUCACAGUUCACCACAUGCCCUUUCCAGACGGAGACGCUCCCGAGCUGGAGCAGUGCUGCCAGAUCCUCGAGGAGCUGCAGGACAGCCUCGAGAACAACCGGAGGACUGUGAUCCACUGCUACGGAGGUCUGGGACGCUCGGGAUUAAUCGCUGCCUGUCUGCUGCUUCAGCUCUCCGUAACCAUGACGGCGAACAAAGCGAUCGAAAUCCUCAGAGAGCACAGAGGAGGAGGAGCCAUUCAGACUGUGAAGCAAUACAACUUCCUCCACGAGUUCCGGGAACGGUACGCGGCGUACCAGGAGAGCAGAGAGGCGAGCACAGAGCGCUCGGUGUCUCGGUGAUCGACGUCUCUUCGAAUCACGGGCUGUUACAAAAAAAAAUAAAUCUUCAAACUUUACAGCGUUUCGUUCCCUGAUCGUGUGUUGUGAUAUAAUUGUAUUCUCUGAUGAUUGCACUUUAACAGAAUACUCUAAUAUAUUGCUUUUGUUUUGUUGUUGUCUUCCUCAUUGUAACCAAAUUAAAGACUUUCUGAGGAAGUCCCGCUGGGGUCUUAUCGUCACCAAACACAAGUACAGCUGUUUGUUUGGUGCUGUUGUUGUAGACUGUCAAAUAAAGCUUGAAAAGGCCCCAAAAUAAUUAAAAGAUAUUAAAAUAAAACAUCAGUCUCAGACAGAAAACAGUGAAUGUUUGUACAAUAAUCCACAAAGUAGAGGUUCAAAUAUUUUACUGGGAAAUUGAAAUGAAACCAGACCAAACAUACUUUCUGAAACAACAUGUCAGUCUGUUAUGAGUGGGAUCGUUUUAUUUAGAAUCAAAUAAACUCAAGUUGUCAUUUCUUAAGAUGCGACACGAUGGGAUCUAAUACAAAAAUCUAAUUUUUUUAGUCUAACGAAUGACCGUCCCUUUCCCUGAUAGAUGUACACAUUUGAAAAAUGUCAAUAAAUACUUGGAAGUAUUCACAAAUUGUGUUUAAUGGCCUUCAAACUCAAAGAAAUCAUUUUCCAGAGCCGCUGUGAGGAGUGCUUGAUAUUCCUGGAGACAUUAAAAAGUCAAAUUAAAAAUAAAUAACCUGCUAAACGCUGUGGAAUAUUUGUAAUGAACAAAAACACACACACAGUGACAAACAGUUUGAAAAGGUACAAUCAACAGUAUGGCACGUCAGCAAAGCUCAAAUGCAAAGAAGCAGAUAAUAAAGUACUGAAUAUAUUAUUGUACUGUUGAGUCUACCUUUUUUUUUUUUUUAAUCUAUGGAUAGCUGCGGGGGGCAUUUCUACAGAAACACAGGGGCAUGUACACGUUUCGUCUAGUCUGGAUUCACACAAAACAAAUAUCGCCAUUGACUUCCACAGGGAUUACACGGUGAUUUAAAACGUGAGGAUAAAUAGGUUCGAAGGAUGGAAACGACACGAGAUAGUUUGAAAACCGACGCGACAAUCGAGGCCGACUGUCUCCACAUUUCACUAAGUGAUGAUGACCCGUGCACUUCAGCACCUCCAACGUCCCAGAAUGUUCAUUUCCAUAAAGACCGCAGUCUAGUUUGCACUUCUAAGUUUUAGUGUUGAUAAUGAAUCACAUGGCAGGUAGAAAUCAGCUGUUUAAGCCCAGAAUCUAAUUCACAG